UUCACAUUAUAUGCUAUAUCGGUCAUAAGAAAGUAUUGUACUUUUUCAAACAGACGUGGGGGCGAAAUGUAAAAAAAAAGAUUGUAAAUCGUGACUUAAAAAAAAAUAUAAGUGGAAAAAACAGGAAUGGAUUUACAAGUAUCAAUCACAAUAAUAAUUUACAAGUCUGAUAUGUUAAAUAAGAAAGCGGCAAAAUGAGUUUAAUGGAAAACUCGACGAAGCUCGAUCAUGGGACAAUAUUUUAUCCAGAAAACGCACCACGGAAUCUGGUCGUCGUAUUCUUCGUGACAUCAUCUAUUGGGAUAGCCCUGUCUGCGUGUGCAUUCAUUCUGUUGGUCCUGACUGCAGUCCGCUUUCCAGAAUGGAGGCAAAGUUACAAAAACCAAUUGCUCAUUCAGUUCAUGUUUGCGAGAAUCCUGUAUACAUUUGUAAGAUACGUUUACGACAUAAGGAAUUUCUUCGAGUUGUGCAACAGGGAUUGCGUUAUUAUCCUGGACAAAUUCCUGAUGACUUACACAGAAGUGGUGUUAAUUGCUUGGAUGUACAUGUUCACGAAACACAUGCAUGACAGUUUAGUGAAAGUGUUUAACGUUGAAGAGAGAACAAUAUGGAAGUUGUCAUUGUGGACUUGGUUCAUACCAGGACUAUUGUCUCUUAUUCUGUCUCUCUCAUAUUACUUUCAAAAGGAUAAGGACAUCAUUUUCUACUUAAUAUAUUUGUUAUUAGUAAAAUGGCCGUUUUUAAGUUUCAUUGCUGUUUUGCUUAUAUCCAUAUUAAGGUCGGUCUUAAACAGCAAUCAAUCUACAGAAAAUAACUUGAAAAUUACUAUUGUCAUGGUGGUUUUAGUGAUUGUGUUUAGUAUACAUCAGUUUAUUAUAGACAUUACAAAGCUGAUUUACAUAGUACUUCUGAACAAUUACGUUCAUUAUAUAUUUGGUAUUGGAAGUAUAGUACUUUUGUAUCACUGCGCGUUCUCAAUAAUAUUUUGGGUGUUUGGCAAUGCGAACACCAGGAAACUAUGGAGUAAUAACAAAGAACGGCCUCUAAGUCAAAUAAUUUUACAUAGAAACUCAUCGCUACAAUCUUAUUAAUAAAUUAAAACAGAUCUGAAAAACAAAAGUUUUUAUCUUUGGAUUAUAAGACUAAGUAAUGUAGUUAUUUAGAUAAAUUUUAUAAAUUACGAUUAGGUAAUCUUAUUAAUUGAGAUAAGUAUUUUACAAAUGAAAAGAUAAGUAAAUGGUGUACAUAUGUAUAUGUAUAGAAACUUUUAAUAUAAUAACUUCAAAAACAAA